AUGACCAGAAACAAACUGACGAUCGCGGUCGAGGGAUGCUGCCAUGGCGAGCUGGACAACAUCUACCGGCAGAUCGCCAUACAGGAGCAACGCAUGAACAAGCGCGUCGACCUUCUAAUCAUCUGCGGCGACUUCCAGGCCGUCCGUAACGUGGCAGACCUCGAAUGCAUGUCAUGCCCAGACAAAUACAAGCAGCUAGGCGGCUUCUACCGCUACUACACGGGUGAGCGCCAAGCACCAAUCCCGACCAUAUUCGUAGGCGGCAACCAUGAGGCCAGCAACCACAUGCGUGAGCUCUACUUUGGCGGCUGGGUGGCGCCCAACAUAUUCUACAUGGGCGCAUCCGGCGUUGUGCGGUUUGGCGGCGUGCGCAUUGGCGGGAUCACAGGCAUCUUCAAGGAUUUCAACUUUGAAAAAGGCGUGUUUGAGCGGCCGCCGUUCCGAAGCUACAUGCGGUCGGCUAUGCACCAUGUGAGGUCGUUUGAGGUGUUCAAGAUGCUGCAGAUCCGGAGCCCGUUGGAUGUGGUUGUUUCGCACGACUGGCCGCUGGGCAUUGAGCAGUUUGGCGACGUGAACGGGCUGCUGAGGAUCAAGCCGUUCUUCACCGCAGAGGUCAAUGAGAAUAGACUGGGGUCGCCGCCCAAUGCAUUGCUGCUGGAGCACCUGCGCCCGGCGUGGUGGUUCUCGGCCCACAUGCAUGUGCGCUUUGCUGCGCCUCGGACACCGCGGGUUCCUGGUCGACCGACCGACUUCCUGGCUCUGGACAAGUGCCUUCCACGCCGCCAAUUCCUCGAGAUCAUCGAGGUUGACGUUCCCGAAGACCACGCCGACCACCCACUCCAGCUCGAGUACGACCCCGAGUGGCUCGCUAUUCUGCGGCUAACUACUCGCCACCUGCCCCUCAGCGAAUCGCCCUUCCAAUUGCCGGCUGACGUGCGCAGCACCGGUACUCUGGACCUGCCGCUGCUCCCGGAUUCAGCUAUUGCCAGGGAGACAGAAUGGGUGAAUCGGAAUGUGGUUGUAAAUGGCCGUGCCCCGAUUCCUUGCAAUUUUGUCCCAAUGGCACCGGUUCCUGAGCCUGGAACUCCCGACUCGGCCCAUUUCGGACUGGCAACCCGCGGACAUAAUGGCCGUAUAUUCCCUAGUACCAGGGGACGGCGUGGCUACUAUGGCGGCAACCCGUAUGAUUCGCAGCCGUGGCAGGGGCGCAGGCCAGAUGUACUGUAUCCGAACCCGCAGACCGACGAGCUGUGCAAGAUGCUCGAUAUUGACGACCCGAUCACGCAGCGGACUCAGUAG